AUGGCUACUUUUAGACCACUCUCAAGUUUUGAAAAGAAACUUCUAACUCAAUCUUUAAAUGACCAAAGAAAUGGAACUAUUUUCUCGAGUACAUACUCCAAAUCUUCAAACAGAGAAACUGAUGCCGACUGGCAAUCAGACGAGAUUACACUUGGAACAAACUCUUCAAAAGAUGACUCCCGUCUCACGCUCCCCCUGAUAGCAACAACUUUAAAAAAAUUAAUUAAAUCUCAACCUGCAUUGUUUGCAACUGUAAAUGAAGACUGGGAAUAUGCGCCUUUGAAUCAACUAAAAACUUCAGAUAUUGUAAAUGUCAUCGAAUUUGAAACUACGAAGGAUAAAGAAGUCAAUUGUCAUUGGGGUGUUCCACCACCUUACCUCUUACGUCAUGCUUUCAACAAAACCAGAUUCGUUCCCGGAUCUAAUAAACCUCUAUGGACGCUAUACGUAAUCGAUGAGACGCUAUUGGUUUUCCAUGGUCAUGAUGUCUUGUUUGAUAUCUUUUCUGCUGCUAACUUCCACAAAUUAUUCCUAAAAGAACUAAACAGUAUUACUUCAACAUCACACUCUGACGAUAGAGUUCUCUUUGAUAGUAAUGACGUUAAUUUUUCAGAAUUGAGCUUUCCCAAAUCCAUAUACGAUAGUGCAAAAUUGCGUUUGCCUGCUAUGACACCACAAAUCCUGCAUAAACAGACUCAAUCUUUCUUUAAAUCAAUCUUUUAUAACACUUUGAAAAGACCAUUUGACUAUCUAACCAAUCAAACGUCUUCCAGCUCACCAGUACCAACGACACAACUAAAGAAGUACAAUGACAUCUUAAACACAAACUCUUCGUUAUGCGGAACUACCGUAUUUGGGAUAGUCAACAACCAAAGAUUUAACUACUUAAAAUCCAUCGUUAACCAAGAGAAUAUAUGCUUAAGAAGUUUUAUUUGCGGUAUUGCAAUGAUUUGUUUGAAACCUCUCGUUAAGGAUUUCAGCGGUACAAUAGUAUUUUCCAUUCCUAUAGACCUAAGAAAGCACCUGAACUUAGGCGAGUCGCUGGGACUAUUCUUCAAGGAGUUAAGGAUUGAGUGCCCUCUUUCAUUAAUCGACGAUGAGCUUUCUACUAAUGAAUUCCUAGUAAACAGCGAUGAUAAUGAUAAUGAUGAAUUCAAUGAAAAAUUAAUGGAGUACCAAUUCAAUAAAGUCACCAAGCAUGUCAGCGAUUUUAUCAUGACAAAAUUAAAAAGCUGGGAGAGGAAUGGUUUUAAUGAUGACGACAUAAGGCGGAUGAAGUAUGAUAAUGAUGAUGACUUCCAUGUUCAGAAUUCAAAGACAAAACUAAUUCAAAUAAAUGAUGUUUCUGACAUAUCGUUAUCGAUGAGUAAUGACGACAAAUUCUUUAAAAUCGUUAGUUCGGGAUUUACGAACUCAAUAAACCGUCCCACAUUAAUGUCUCUUUCUUAUACGUACUGUGAAGACAUGGGCUUGAACAUCUGUAUACAUUAUCCCGAUUCUUAUAAUUUAGAAUCUUUCGUUGAGUGCUUCGAGUCCUUUAUUGAAUAA